CGAGAGGCCGAGUUGUCAGCCCCUCUGGAGGAGGAGGUGUUCAUUGAUUUAGGAGGGACGAGCUUCUCGAUGCCCUGAACGCAUCGCUGCUUCCAAUCGCGUGCGACCUCGUGCGCGCGCGCCCUGCGCUUAUAGACGUUGGCAUUUUUCUUGUCUCGUGCAAAGAAUGUCCACAAACGCAGCGUGAGCUCGGCUCCAACAUCAUAGCUGUGGACGGAGAGGUCCUUCCGUGGACUGAAGCGGUGCGGGAGGAAGCUCGGACCAUCAGUGCUUCUCAGAGGACACAAUCUUUUGAAAUGAAAGGGGAGAAAGGAUGAGCUCAGGCACUAUGUAGGCGUGAGAGCACCAAGGAGGACGUGAAGAUGUCCCAGAAGACGGCUAAAACAUGGAGCCUUCGGCUUCUCCCAUUUCUCCUCUCCUUCAUCUCCUUUGUCAUGUACUACUGUUCCUACUCCAUACUACAGAGCUAUGGAGGCACCAGCAAGUCUCCGAACAGUAGCAAGGCGCUGUGUGGUGGCUGGCUAACCCAGAAGAAGUGGGAGAGCCUUAAUUUCAAUUCUAGCAGACAGACGCAGCUUUUUCUGAGGCUGAAGGACUUCUUUUGGAAGGAGCAUCGGUCAAAGCUGCCGUUGCCUUAUGGCGUUAAGGGCAGUGAGUUCCUGCUCCUCAAAGUUCUCGCCAUAACUGCAAAUUAUCAGAUGCCCGCUAACCUCGAAAACCUUGAAUGCAGAACCUGUGUGGUGAUCGGUAAUGGCUUUGUCAUUAAAAACAGCUCUUUGGGUGACAUCAUCAAUAAAUAUGAUGUCGUUAUCAGGUUAAAUGAUGCCCCAGUGAAGGGCUACGAGGAGGAUGUGGGGAACAAGACCACCAUGAGGUUCUUCUACCCCGAGUCGGCCUCCUACAACCCCGGACUGCAGAAUGAGCCGGACACGCUUAUGGUCCUGGUGCCGUUCAAAAUGCAUGAUCUACGUUGGCUCAAAGAGAUCCUUUAUAACGAGAAGAGGGUCAGAAAGGGCUUUUGGAAGCCUCCACCCCAAAUCUGGCUGGGUGAUGUGAAUAAAAUCAGAGUGCUGGACCCUCACUUUUUGCAUCAGACUGCAGACAAACUUCUCCACCUUCUUCCACCAAAGGGAAAACAGAAUCCAGUGCACCCCACCACUGGGCUCCUCUCCAUCUUUGUUGCUCUGAACUACUGUGACGUGGUUCACGUCGCUGGAUUUGGAUAUCCCAGUUCAAAAAACCACCGGCAGCCCAUCCACUACUAUGGAAGGGAGACUAUGAAAUCCAUGAAGAACUCUUACCACGACCUUAAUCACGAAGCCAAAGCCUUAAAAAGACUGGAGGAAUCAGGAGCCAUCCUAUACCUACACCCUCACUUAUGAUGGUUGAAUAAUAAUUAUAACAAUGAUAAAUGGGUCAUACAUGUGUCAUUAAUGUGCCUUUUGCAUUCAGAUUCUGCACUUUCAGCUUUAAAUGGUCUGGUAGUGACUCCAUGUCAGAGUAGAAACCUGAAAAAUGACCUGCUAAAGGAUCCUAAUCUGGCACUUUAGCUCAGCAUUUUCCAGUUUUUAGAACCUGAAGGUUUAAAACAACAUUUCAGAGGAACUGGAAACAAAUGACCUUUUUUUAUGCAUUUAAAUUAAAAUGAACUGUUUGAUCCUGAAAGCAGCAGCUGCAUUGCUCAGUUUUGAUUGUUAAUGCCAUUUAAUUUAUUUAAUGCCCCCUUUUAAAAAUAAAAAUAGAGGAAUCGGUACCACUGGAUAUAUUUGUAUGUACAGAAUGUGUUACAUUUUUAAUUAAAGAAUGAAAAAAAAAAUAA